GAUAGUGAAUAUGCUGUGAUAGAAGCAACAAACAAGCAAACUUAAAAAAAAAAAUAUAUUUUUGGCAGAGGUCUGCCUGAUAAGAUAAACAUAUUGAAAAAAAAAGUGUAUAUUAUAUGUAUAGUUAAAUUCAUAUUGGCAAGAGACAAGAAAAACCUGCGCUAAUUACUAAUUGUGGCGCUUGUGUGUCAUUCACAUUUCAGAGCUCAACUGGAGCAGCAGCUGUAGGAUCGUACAGGAACCCAAUUAAAUAUGGUGGAUGCGCGCAUAAAAUUUAAAGUCUUGAAAGGCUUCCCGGAUGCGACGGAUAAAAUAGAAACGCAGACAUUUUUAAAUGCGGCAAAGGAAAUUGUAAUUGUAAUUGAAACCUUUGGGAAGCUCUUCACGCCCGUAAUCAGCGAUAUGAAUGGCAAUAUAAAUAAACUAACCAAGGUCUAUGGCACGGAUGUACUGAAAUAUCAAUAUCUGGAAGAUAUGAUUGUGACGAAUGUGAAUGUGGAUGAUUUUGCGGCAAAUGCGCUGCUCUGGCUAAAGCGCGGUCUGCAAUUAAUUUGCACGUUCUUCGAGAACAUCUACAACGAUGCACAAAACACAGAGGCACUGAAGCAUCAUUUACAGGAUGCCUACGAGCGCACCCUAAAGCCCUAUCACGGCUUCAUUGUCCAAAGCACCAUCAAGAUCAUCUAUAGUUGGGUGCCCACACGCAGCCAGCUGCUCGGCCAGGGGGCCGCCCAGCAGGAGAAUAUCGAGGUGCUGACCAAUUACUUGCCCACAAUGCGGGCACAACUCGAUCGGAUCGAUGCACUGCUCAAGGCGCACAGUUUGGACGAUGCGCGCAAAGUGUGAUUCAAGUGAUGAUGAUCGAAAUUCCUUUAGCUUGCUAGUUUAGCUUAUAUUAAUAGUACUAUACUAUACGCUGAUACAUAUACUAUUUAGAAUAUGAUGUUGUUUAAGUCGAAAUCCACAUAAACAUUAACGUGCACAUUGAA